GACGCCCCACGUCUUAUAGCAGGAGAUCUUGGAAAACCUUAUGCUCAGUACCCACCUGCAGUUCAAGGAUACCAAAACCCAAAUAUGAUUCAAAACCCGGGCCCAGCCUACCAAAACCCCUUCAACAAGCCAAUGACAAAGCAGAUUACCUGCUAUUUCUGUGGUAGCACUGGUCACAUGGCAUCCUGGAAGAGGGUGACCACACUUGGGGAGAAAAGGGAACAAACUAAAGGAAAUAACGAACAAUAUGGACAAAAGCAGGGAGGUGGUUGGGAAAAUCCACGAACCAGAGGCUGUGAGUUAUUGGAUAAAGGAGAUAAACCCACCACCCGUAGACCCGAAACCCUACAAAUUAACUUUGGAACAAAAGCUGUGGUUAAAGGAGGAG